AUGGCGCGCUGCGACCAGGUCCUGUGGAGCACGUGGCUGAGAUGGGUCUCGCUCCUGGUAUGCACCUGGAGUUUUGGCCUGAACCAGUGCACAGCGACAGGGGCUGUGCCACAUCCGGCGCUGGCUCAGGAUGAUGCUCAGGCACCAAUGUGCCUUCUCCAGCGCACGUCUGCGGCAGCCGGCCGGUCCUCAUCAGCAGGUCAGAGAUCGCCGGAAGCGGGAGGUAGCGUCGACUCCGUAAAUUGGGUCUUCAACGAAGACGUCGCCACGACGACCAAACUGGAGGUACCACAAUCUCCUGGUCGACAGGCAGCCAAGUCGAAGGAGGUCCACGAUGACCUCCGCGACACACUGAAGGCACUGCUAGAGCACCAAAUCUCUGCCAUUCGCUCGAAAAGCAGCGCCAGCAGCAGCGAGACAUUAGUCCGUCAGGACGAGCUACUGCGAUUUCAAGACGAUCGUCUCCGGCAGCAGGACGAAGCGUUGAGGAAAGAAAACCAGCGGCUGCAGCUGGCCCUGGCACAGCUGAGUGCCGCCAACUCCAGCGGCUCGCUGUCACGGCCGGAGGCCACGUCGCUGCUCACGUCGCUCCUCUUGGGGGGCGAGACAGAGGAGCCUGCAAAGCCUCUUCCACCGAACAGCUCCAACACGAGCUCCACAGGCAAAGAUAAAGCUGCGGAGAAGCAUCACAAGAAGAUGACCUUGUUCUACAUCCUCGGAGUGUUCUGCAUGAUGGUGCUCUACGUCAUCUAUCAUCUGCACCACUUCUUCAGAGGAGGCGGGGCGAAGGACCGUGAUGGCGAUGGCGAUGUCGACUGGGACGAUUUCCGCGAUUACAUGGCGGGGAACCUCUGCUGCGGCCUGGGGUACCAAUCUGCGAAGAAGGUCGCGUUCGUGCUUUUCCUCGCGUCCUUGGGCUUUGCCUUCCUCUGGUGGCAAGGCAUCAUCCAACCCUUCCUGAAGGAGUUGGCAUGUUACAUCUACCUUGGCUCCAUCGUGGUCCUCGUGUUGGGCGUCUUUCUGGCAGAGCUUUGGAGCAAGUUCUCGGGGCCGUUGCAAGACAUCGCAAACGGGAUGGACAACUUCACCAAGAUGACAUCCGGUGAGGGAUGGCAAGAUUUGAUGCACAAAGCCAAGUCUGGCGUUGGCAUGGAAUAG